UGAGAAAGAAUAAAAUGUGCCUUGAUGAGCAGCGUGACAUCUUAGUCACCAGGUUUAUUCAUCUUCUAUUAGCCUGCAGUAUUAACUUAUAAGUUUCCCGCACAAGUCUUAAUGAAGGAGUGUGUCUCAAAGUCACUGACUGUAAUGAAUAUUUCCACUGGCUAAUGCAAGAUUGCCAAGUGGCAUCCGACAGGCAGAUUACUGACAGCAAUCAAUAGAGCACAAAAGCGAGUAACAUGGGACAAUGGUUGUUUAUUUUGCAAAGAUAUGGGGAACGCCCUGGGAUUUUUAAUUUAUUAUUAUUAUUAUUUCUCUGUACUCCUUUUGAAUGUUAAUGUUUUCUGAAGAUUGUUUCAGACAGGCUGUUAGGCUGCUGUUACUCACUGAAGCAGCAGCGAGCGAGGAGUUGCUGAGGCAGAAUUAGCAUCAUGGGUCAAAGGAAUGAGAGGAUAUGUCAGCUAAUUCCUGCCUAACACAAUCAGAAUUUGUGUGUGUCUGCUUUGGAGACCAAGACAUACUCGGCUUCCAAGCUUUUUGACAAUCCAGUUCCACUGUUUGCCUAGUUUUCUUUAUGCCUCGGAAGACCAGCAACAAAGAAUGGGGACAAAACUACCUGUUACUGCUGCCGUAGAACGUGGGCUAAGUUUUCUCUCAACUGGAUGAAGGUACUUCUGUGACAAAAGCUGGACUCCCCAAUUGCCUCUUUCAGCUUAUGUGUAUAACUUGAUGUGAAACGAAGGCUCCCUGGAAACGGUAAUGAAGGACCUGCAAAUGAUUCUUACCAUGCCCUGAUGAUGAAAAGAAGAAGAUUGUGGAAUUCCUUUGUUCCUAUUUCCUGGAGAAUGGAUGGCGAACCCUUCACCUCUGCUUUCUUCUCUUCUGGGAACAUUCCCGCAGAAACCGGCAUCACCCUGGAACAGAAAACAACCUUUGUCUUUGUCGUUUUAUUAUUCAUUUUCCUUGGCAUCCUCAUUGUCCGAUGUUUUCGGAUUCUCCUUGACCCAUAUAGGAGCAUGCCAACCUCUACCUGGGCAGAUGGACUCAACGGACUAGAGAAAGGACAAUUUGAUUAUGCUCUGGCUUAAAAACCAAGGAUGCAAAAACUUUAUCAAUAAGUCUCUGUCAUGUGGGACACAUUUCUCGCACGGGCGAAAAUAUUAGGGCGUUGUUUUUAAACAGCUGUAAGGUAGGUGUGGGGAAUCUUGGGCCCUCCAGAUGUUGGUCAAUGGUAACGCUUGCUGGAGCUGUAGUUCAUCAACAUCUGGAGGGUCAAAGUUUCCCCACAGCUGCCGAUGGGAAACCAGCAAUUUCCUCCAAGAAGAAAAGAUGGAAGUUUUUCGUAUGCAAAAUUCAGCUUUGGGUAUACACGCACACAAUAUCUUUUAGCUCAGACAACACUUUGAUUUGCAGCUGCCUUAUUUCUAAAAGGCGAUGUCUCUUCCCUGUCUCUCCCCCUCACCUACCGUGUUUCUCAUAUUAUAAGACACGUCUUAUAUUUAUUUUUUCCUCAAAAAAACACACUAUGGCUUAUUUUCAAGGGAUGUCUUAUUUUUUCCCCUCCUCCUGCCGCGGCCGGCAUUGCUGCUGCGCCUAUCACUAUGUCUAUUUUCGGGGUGUGGCUUAUAUUCCUUGAAUGCUUAAAAAUCCUGCUAUGGCUUAUUUUAUGGGUAUGUCUUAAAAUAUGAGAAACAGGGUACCUCCAAACCUUUAAUGAGCAUAUCCAUAUUUAAAAGCAAGCAUGUGAUUUUUGUGGUUUGUGUGUGGACAUUAGGUAAUGUUUGUCGAGCUCACAGGCAAAAAAAAUGUAUUUCCACUCCACUUGUCCCUCUUACCAGAAAGGUAAAAGUUUCUCAGCAACCUUAAUUAAAGAUUGAUAGCUUCAAUCUUUGGGCUGAUUUCAAUGGAAAAUACGUCUCACUCACAGCACAACCUUGAUUAGGAAACAAUGACUAAAAUCAUAGAUGUACAGUAAAUCAGUAGUGCUUUUCCAAGUCUGAAGGUAUAUAACCUGAUUCGUUUCAAAUUUUGCUAGGUUCUUUUAGGUUUGUUUCAUGUUGGAUCAGCUGUAGCAAUUUUAGUUAAACUGUGUGUGUGUGUGUGUGUGUGUGUGUGUGUGUGUGUGUGUAAACAGAACGAGCAGGAAUGCAAAAGGGUUGGCUUACCCCAUUUUGGACCACUUACUUCAAAUUUCUUUUUUACUGCAUAUUCAUGAUGAUUUGU